GUCGUUGUCUAUAAAAAGGAGUCGCUGCUUAUUGGCCAGCGCAUUUCAAAGCGAAAACUCGAAAAAGGAACUUUACUAGCGUGUGACUCUUCAGAGUUGUUUGUUGAAGAUAAUAAUUAUUGUGUUUUAAUAAGAGAAAUUCUAGUGACUAGGACAAAAUGCAGAUCUUUGUGAAGACGUUGACGGGUAAAACCAUCACUUUGGAAGUUGAGCCGUCUGAUACUAUUGAGAACGUGAAAGCUAAGAUUCAGGACAAAGAGGGUAUCCCUCCGGAUCAGCAGCGUCUUAUCUUCGCCGGUAAGCAGCUGGAAGACGGCCGCACACUCUCUGACUACAACAUCCAGAAGGAAUCUACUCUCCACUUGGUACUUCGUCUGCGUGGCGGUAUGCAGAUCUUUGUAAAGACCCUGACUGGCAAAACCAUCACCCUUGAGGUAGAGCCUUCAGAUACUAUUGAAAAUGUAAAAGCUAAAAUCCAAGACAAGGAAGGCAUCCCUCCAGACCAGCAGAGACUGAUCUUCGCAGGCAAGCAGUUGGAAGAUGGCCGUACACUCUCAGACUACAAUAUCCAGAAGGAAUCCACACUCCACUUGGUACUUCGUCUCCGUGGUGGUAUGCAGAUCUUUGUCAAGACCUUGACUGGCAAAACCAUCACACUUGAGGUUGAGCCUUCAGACACUAUUGAGAAUGUUAAGGCUAAAAUUCAAGACAAAGAGGGCAUCCCUCCAGACCAGCAGAGGUUGAUCUUUGCAGGAAAACAGCUUGAGGAUGGACGCACCCUAUCUGACUACAAUAUCCAAAAAGAAUCAACCCUUCACUUGGUACUCCGUCUCCGUGGUGGUAUGCAGAUCUUUGUAAAAACCCUGACUGGUAAAACUAUCACUCUAGAGGUUGAGCCUUCAGACACUAUUGAAAAUGUAAAAGCUAAAAUCCAAGACAAGGAAGGCAUCCCUCCAGACCAACAACGUCUCAUUUUCGCCGGUAAACAAUUGGAAGAUGGGCGCACCCUCUCAGAUUACAACAUCCAGAAGGAAUCCACUCUUCACUUGGUACUUCGCCUCCGUGGUGGUAUGCAGAUCUUUGUCAAGACCUUGACUGGCAAAACCAUCACCCUCGAGGUUGAGCCUUCAGACACUAUUGAGAAUGUUAAGGCUAAAAUUCAAGACAAAGAGGGCAUCCCUCCAGACCAGCAGAGGUUGAUCUUUGCAGGCAAGCAGUUGGAAGAUGGGCGCACUCUCUCAGAUUACAACAUCCAGAAGGAAUCCACCCUCCACUUGGUGCUGCGUCUGCGUGGUGGUAUGCAGAUCUUUGUCAAGACCUUGACUGGCAAAACCAUCACCCUUGAGGUUGAGCCUUCAGACACUAUUGAGAAUGUUAAGGCUAAAAUUCAAGACAAAGAGGGCAUCCCUCCAGACCAGCAGAGAUUGAUCUUUGCAGGCAAGCAGUUGGAAGAUGGCCGCACACUCUCAGACUACAAUAUCCAGAAGGAAUCCACCCUCCACUUGGUGCUGCGUCUACGUGGUGGUAUGCAGAUCUUUGUCAAGACCUUGACCGGCAAAACCAUCACCCUCGAGGUUGAGCCUUCAGACACUAUUGAGAAUGUUAAGGCUAAAAUUCAAGACAAAGAGGGCAUCCCUCCAGACCAGCAGAGGUUGAUCUUUGCAGGCAAGCAGUUGGAAGAUGGGCGCACACUCUCAGAUUACAACAUCCAGAAGGAAUCCACCCUCCACUUGGUGCUGCGUCUGCGUGGUGGUAUGCAGAUCUUUGUGAAAACCUUGACUGGCAAGACAAUCACACUUGAGGUUGAGCCUUCAGACACUAUUGAAAAUGUAAAAGCUAAAAUCCAAGACAAGGAAGGCAUCCCUCCAGACCAACAACGUCUCAUUUUCGCCGGUAAACAAUUGGAAGAUGGGCGCACCCUCUCAGAUUACAACAUCCAGAAGGAAUCCACUCUUCACUUGGUACUUCGCCUCCGUGGUGGUAUGCAGAUCUUUGUCAAGACCUUGACUGGCAAAACCAUCACCCUCGAGGUUGAGCCUUCAGACACUAUUGAGAAUGUUAAGGCUAAAAUUCAAGACAAAGAGGGCAUCCCUCCAGACCAGCAGAGGUUGAUCUUUGCAGGCAAGCAGUUGGAAGAUGGGCGCACCCUCUCAGAUUACAACAUCCAGAAGGAAUCCACCCUCCACUUGGUGCUGCGUCUGCGUGGUGGUAUGCAGAUCUUUGUCAAGACCUUGACUGGCAAAACCAUCACCCUUGAGGUUGAGCCUUCAGACACUAUUGAGAAUGUUAAGGCUAAAAUUCAAGACAAAGAGGGCAUCCCUCCAGACCAGCAGAGGUUGAUCUUUGCAGGAAAACAGCUUGAGGAUGGGCGCACCCUAUCUGACUACAAUAUCCAAAAAGAAUCAACCCUUCACUUGGUACUCCGUCUCCGUGGUGGUAUGCAGAUCUUUGUAAAAACCCUGACUGGUAAAACUAUCACUCUAGAGGUUGAGCCUUCAGACACUAUUGAAAAUGUAAAAGCUAAAAUCCAAGACAAGGAAGGCAUCCCUCCAGACCAACAACGUCUCAUUUUCGCCGGUAAACAAUUGGAAGAUGGGCGCACCCUCUCAGAUUACAACAUCCAGAAGGAAUCCACUCUUCACUUGGUACUUCGCCUCCGUGGUGGUAUGCAGAUCUUUGUCAAGACCUUGACUGGCAAAACCAUCACCCUCGAGGUUGAGCCUUCUGACACUAUUGAGAAUGUUAAGGCUAAAAUUCAAGACAAAGAGGGCAUCCCUCCAGACCAGCAGAGGUUGAUCUUUGCAGGCAAGCAGUUGGAAGAUGGGCGCACCCUCUCAGAUUACAACAUCCAGAAGGAAUCCACCCUCCACUUGGUGCUGCGUCUGCGUGGUGGUAUGCAGAUCUUUGUCAAGACCUUGACUGGCAAAACCAUCACCCUUGAGGUUGAGCCUUCAGACACUAUUGAGAAUGUUAAGGCUAAAAUUCAAGACAAAGAGGGCAUCCCUCCAGACCAGCAGAGAUUGAUCUUUGCAGGCAAGCAGUUGGAAGAUGGCCGCACACUCUCAGACUACAAUAUCCAGAAGGAAUCCACCCUCCACUUGGUGCUGCGUCUACGUGGUGGUAUGCAGAUCUUUGUCAAGACCUUGACCGGCAAAACCAUCACCCUCGAGGUUGAGCCUUCAGACACUAUUGAAAACGUAAAAGCCAAAAUCCAGGACAAAGAAGGCAUUCCCCCAGACCAGCAACGUCUCAUCUUCGCCGGAAAACAAUUGGAAGACGGCCGCACGCUCUCCGAUUACAAUAUCCAAAAAGAGUCCACCCUUCAUCUUGUACUUAGAUUGAGAGGUGGCAUGUAAACGACACUGCCUGUUCACUGUUCAUUCCAAUAAUAUUAUUUGCUAAACAGGUGAAAUAAAGCUUUGUCAUUGACUGAA